GCGUUGCAUGAACUCUCUAAACAAACGGAAUAAUUUAAUUGCCAAUUUCACACAACAAGCGAUCGCACCAAAAACAUUUGAACUUGAAUUUAUAAAAACACAAAAAAAGAAUAAAAAAAUAAAAAUAAAACCAAAUUAAUAUCCAAAAAGAUUCUUGAACUUAAUUAUAUAUGAUUAUUUGUGUGUACUGAAAUAACAUAUGUACUAACAUAUAAAUAUCCGUAAUUGCGAAACGGACCGUGGAAACUUAGCAAGCGUGUGUGCGUAUACAUAUAUACUCAUCGUCUUGGUUGAAGUGUUGCGAUAAAUCGUGCUGAGACUAAAAUACCGUCAAUCAAAUAGUAACACGCGACUCGAAUUGUGAAGACGAGCCGGCUCAGCAGGCCGAAAUAAAAACAGCAAAUGACCACAGCAACAAGAAAUAAAAAGUAAACAAACGAAAUUGAAAACUAUUUAUUGUAUCUGCUGCAGCAGUGGAGUGUUUUGCCUUUAGUACUCGCACCGUAAUCGCGAAUCGAUUAUCUAAUAACAGCAAGUGGGUGCACGCUAAUGUAUGACCUAGAAAAGUGACUGUCGUGUUGAGAGUACAGUGGCAAAGUGGGUGAUAAUACGUAAAUGGUUCAAAAAGAAAUGUGUAAAAACUUUUCAGUCCGGGCACGUUCAUUAAGCAAAGUCGUGUUGGCGUUCACCUGAACCUAUUUACAACAGUACAUUAAUAAAACAAUUUUUGCAGUUUGCAAUUCAUGAACAUUUUUGAUUGACCUAAAAACGCUGUUGAAAUCGCUUCUUUUUAUAUCCCUGUGUUGUUUAUCAUCCCUGAGACUUUACACAACGACCGCAUGGAGAUUAACUGAUUUGCGUUAAUCUUGAAUGGAAGGGAAAAGGAUUGUGCACGGUAUGAGCUAGAAAAUAUCUUGCAACUCAGAAGGAAAUAAACUAAUAAUCGCUUCAGUUAAAUAGCAGAAGCUUUGGUGGAGUGCAAGGCUUUACGGAUUGAAACAGGAGCCCCCUUACCACUUGGGACGCAAAACCUAGCCAGCCGCCAUUAGUGUAGAAGAUCCAAAAAGGAAAUACAAAAAAACUACAAAAUAAAACAAAUUCAUAAUAAUUUGUAGUCACUAAUUUCAAAUAAGAGAAGAUGAGUGAAAAUUCCCGUAGCCUCAUAGAAAGUAAUGUAAUUUUGGCCGAUGACGUCGUCAGUCCCGAACUGGACGAAAGUUCUGGUUUUAGACAAGAAGUGUGUAUGGCGAAUCAGAUCAAUAGAGGGCGAGCAAGUGGCGGUCAUACAUUUGUGGUGACAACAGUAAUCACUGAAAAUGUAACCAGCACGGAAAGUCAAAAAACUUGCUCAAAAAAAGUUGAGGUUAAUGAAAACACGAUGGACAAUGACACAUCGCUGCCAAAGGAAGCGUUGGCCAACGAUUCAAUGCCAACUACUUCUUCGAACUCAAACUCAUUAAAUCAAGAAGAAUUGUCCAAGGCGAUUGUUCCUAUAUCUUCAUCCUUGCCAUCCAAAUUGUUGCGUUUUCACGCCAAACGUUCGGCCGAAGCUUUGUUGCGUCGAAUUGGACAAUCCAAGUCAUUGGACUCUCAAUUCGGCAGUGAUGAGGGCGCUGUCGGUGGCCGCGAAGACGAGACAAACCGCAGUCCAGAUAUCUUUGAUAUUCCAAUACCUCUGAAUUCGGCACAUUCUCCCCCACCGCCUAGGACCACACCAGUGGGUUGUGACGAGGAUAAGUUAAUUGACGUUGGUAUGGGUUCCUCCAUUGAAGAUUCGGAAGAAUCUGAGGAAGAUGAUGAACUAAAACCGCUAGCUGUGGACAAUCAUGUGUUGCAUGACGUCGUUUUGAGUCCCUCCUCUGCCGAAUGUGAAAUGUCUUCAUUUGAGGUAGGUAUUAGCGGAAGUCCAUCUGUCGCCACAGCUGUUUUAAGUGAAGAAAACUUAGAAAAAUUCCAUAGGCAUCAUAGUCCACAUAAAACCCACCAAAAUGAUUAUUAUCGUCAAAUGGAUAAUAUUUAUUUACAUCCGAACUUUAAACUGGAUUCUGAUAGUGUCAGCCCAGAUAUUCUAGAAACUUCACCUCCCCCCGCUGUUGCACCAGCUAAUUCACCAACGGAACCGAGGCGUGUUCACCGCUCUUUUUUGACAAUGAAGAAACCUUCGAUUCCGGAAACUUUGGAUUUGGAGAAAAACACCGAUACAACCAUAGAAAUAGCUUCUACUUCAAAUGAAAAGGAAAAUAGAGGCGAGUCGAUGGUAGAACAUGCGCUCCCAAAUGAAAUUGAUUCAUUAGAUCCAGCAAUGAUACCAAGUGAAGAAUUAGCCGCCGAAAUCGCCGAUGCUGUAGAAUUUUACUUUUCAAAUGAAAGCAUACUCAAGGAUGCGUUUUUACUCAAGCAUGUACGUCGUAACAAGGAAGGCUUUGUAAGUCUCAAGUUGGUUUCUAGCUUUAAGCGUGUCCGACAAUUGACCAAAGAAUGGAAAGUUGUUGGAGACGCGGUGCGAAGAAAGUCCCAAAAAAUCGAACUCAAUGAUUUGGGUACAAAAGUGCGCCGCAUUGAUCCAUUACCGAAUUUCGAUGAAACAAUGCCUUCUCGCACUGUUGUUGCCUGUGAUUUACCUCUUGAAAAGCUUACAAUCGAAAAAGUUUCUGAAAUAUUUUCUAAAUGUGGCGAAAUCGCAUUAAUACGUAUACUGAAACCCGGUAUGGCGAUCCCAGUGGAUGUCAGACAGUUUAUGAACAAAUAUCCUGAGGUGCAACAAAAGGAGUGCGCCCUUGUUGAGUAUUUGGAGUCUUCGUCGGCCCGGGAAGCCAAGAACUUACAGGGACCAUUUCAGGUCUUCGAAAUGGUGGCGCCCAAGAAGAAGACAGGCAAAAAGGCUAUCAUACAAGUGGCUACACCAGUAGCACGAAUGGUCGAAAAUUACCGAUACUAUAAUGAUGCCACUUACGAACGUACACGUGGCGGCAGCUUCAGCGGUAUUAUCCCGCAAGAUGUGACAGAUUUGCGUCACAAAAUAAAACGUUUCAAUUCGGACAUUCAUGCCAAGCCAAUGCCAGAACUUCAUCAUAACAAUCACAAUGCUCCACAUUACCACCAUCCACCGCACAAUGCCUAUGGUUCACAACAUCGCGGCAGCUUCGUUAGUGAGCACUCGCACCAAUUCCAAGCUUAUCAUCCACGUUUAGCCGGCAAUAGCGAAUCGGCAUCACCAAGCAUUGCUAUGCCUAGCGACAACAGUAAUGCCGGCAAUUAUUUUUACGCUUACUCACCACGUCGCUAUAGCAACAACUCAACUAUCUCUGCCAGCUCGGCAGCUGUCGUCGAUGCAUCUGUAAAUACUACGCCAAUGAAUAGUAAUAACACCAACAAAAAUAAUAUAAACAACUCAAACAGUAACCUGGUGCGACGCUUAUCGAAUGCUUCCGACAACUAUUCGAGUUUUUCAGAUUCACGCCGUCCAUCGAACUGCUCAGAAAAUAUGUCUCAACGACGAGACUCCAAUUGUUCAGAAAAUUGCCCAUGCUCGAGACGCAUUUCCGACUUUGGACAAACGGAGGUUUACCGAAAAAUUUCUCAAACUUCUACUGGCAGCGGCGGAGAACGCCGUUUCUCCAAUGGUUCAAUGCAAUUUGAACGCACCUUCUCCAAUCCGAACGAAUUGAACAACCAUGGAGGUAGCAGCUUUCCACGCCGAAUGUCUAGUGACUACAACUUUGAGCAGCGCAAACAGUCAGUGGACGCACAAAAUGAAAUACCAUAUGAUGAUCCCAAUGUGGGUGGGGGUGGCGGUGGUUAUAACGUGUUCCCACGUCGCUACUCUAAUAACUUCAAUGUGGCUAACAAAAUGGCGGCAUAUGAUAAUGCGCAAUAUAUCAACGGACGUCGUAUAUCUACCGACUCUGGUUAUGAUCGUCGUUAUUCAUUCGGUUCUGAAUAUGAGGGCUCUCCACGGUCACGCACAGGAAGUUUCUUAAAUAAUUACAAGCACGGCGUUGAUUUCGACGGGCAACCACGCUCGCGAACUGGUAGCUUCUUGGAUAACUCACCUCGUUCUCGUUCCGGUUCAUUUGCGCAAAGAAACUCCGAAAACUUAGUACGUACGCCGAUGGGCCCAGAUGGGAGCAAGGGCUUCGCUGGUCGCGCUAGAAAAUUUGGACAGACAAUCUCACCUGUAAAUUAAGUGCCAGCAAAUGCAUGUAUGAUUAAUUAGGGCUGAAUUGCUUACAUGUACCUAUGUAUAUGUAUAAAACGUAUGCUAUCCUUAAAUGUGCCGUAAAAAAUAUAUUUAUAAAUAGUUUAA